GCCUUAGUAAAACAGAUGAAAAAUAUAACUGAAUUCAUCUUGCUGGGCCUGACUCAGAAUCCAGAACUACAGAAGCUCUUAUUCCCUGUGGUUUUAAUCACCUACUUGAUGACAUUGGCAGGUAAUCUGCUCAUCUCAGUCACUGUCUUCAUCAGCCCAGCUCUGGGCUCUCCCAUGUACUUUUUUCUGUCCUGUUUGUCCAUUAUAGAUGGUUUCUACUCUUCCUCCAUAGUUUCCAAAAUGAUCUUUGAUUUGAUCUCUGAGAAAAACACCAUAUCCUUCAAUGGCUGCAUGACUCAGCUCUUUGCUGAACAUUUUUUUGCUGCAGCUGAGAUCAUCUUGUUAACUGCAAUGGCCUAUGACCGCUACGUGGCCAUCUGCAAGCCCUUACACUACAAGAGCAUCAUGAGCAGGCCUCUACAUAGUUUCCUGAUGGGGAUGGCUGGGCUCUUGGGGUUUAUUCAUGGAGGGAUCCAGCUUUUGUUCAUAGUCCAGUUACCAUUUUGUGGCCCUAAUGUCAUUGACCAUUUUAUGUGUGAUUUAAUACCUCUCCUAGAGCUGGCCUGCACAGACACGCACACUUUGGGGCCCCUGAUUGCUGCCAAUAGUGGCUCACUCUGUUUGCUCACUUUUUCUAUGCUGGUUGCAUCCUAUGUCAUCAUCCUGCACUCCCUGAGGUCUUACAGCUCUGAAGGGCGCCGCAAAGCCCUCUCUACAUGUGCUUCUCAUGUCACUGUUGUCAUCUUAUUCUUUGUACCUUGUUCAUUCCUGUACCUAAGACCCAUGACCUCCUUCCCGGCUGACAAAGCUGUGACUGUAUUUUGCACCCUAGUAACUCCUACGUUGAACCCUUUAAUCUACACUCUGAGAAAUGCAGAAAUGAAAAAUGUCAUGAAGAAGCUCUGGGGUCAAAUAAUGAAAACCAGUGAUAAAUAAAUCUUGUGACUGAAGUAUUUAGAUAAAUGAUUCUUGAUUAAACUUGGGACGUUCACCAUCCUGUUUAGAUCAAUUUGCUUUAGGAGCCCACAUGCUGUGGGCAGGGCUAACUUUUCCAUUAGGCACAGUAGGAAGAGUGCCUAGAGCCCAAGAUACUUUUAGGACUCUGAGAAAUGUUUUAAUUUUUUCUAAAAUAAGAAGAAAAAGAAGAAUACAUUCCAACUUGGAUUAUAUUCAUGUUUAUACUAAUGCAGUAGUAUGCAUCUGCAGUUUUAGUAUUUUUUAUGGAGGUUAGGGCCUACAAAGACAAAAGACAACAGUGACAUGUAGGGUGACAAAAAGUCAGAAUUCGGCCUCUCUAUGGGUAUGAAAUACAUCAACAACAAGAUUCUUGAAUAAUUUUUAUAUCCUGUACU